CAUCCCCCAGGGCAGCCAGGAGAGGCCCCCUGGGCCGUGCGCGCCGCCGGGGCUGGCGGAGGCGCUGAGCGCGCUGGGGCUGGAGGGAGAACGCGAGUACGCUGGGGACAUCUUCGCCGAAGUCAUGGCUUCUCAUCUUUCUGAUUGGAUGCUCUUUACCGAGUCCCUUAAUGGCGGCUGCGAGACACGAUGCAAAUUCUGGACCCCUCCGCCAGGCGGCACUGGCGGACUGCCGCAAGCGCGGCUCGGCGAGCUAAAACUAGGCUCCCCAGCGCAAACGUCUGCUGGAGACAAAUGGACAGAGAUGCGGCAACCCGAGUGGCUCUCGGCCUCAGGGCUGGGAAGAAACUAGGAGGGAUGGGGACUGUGGGAAGCUGCCCCACUCAUAAGGAAUGCUACCUCGAUGUGGCCAGAUUUUCAGAUUUUGUUCAAGUGAAGCUGAAAAUCUACAAUUCCAUAAGUAUCUCUACUUCCAUAUGUUAGCAACUAAUUCAGUAUUUUUUAAUGGUUGCACAAGCCCAGCACAUCACAUGCUGGCCUGUGGGAGUCAUCAGUUUGUGAUAGUAUGGGUCUUUGAUAGCAAGUGUUCUAUAAAUGAGAUCUGAUGUACUUAACCCCUAGAGUGCCACGGUGUGAAUGGGUAUAAAUUGUAGCACCGGUCUCAUAGAGGUGUGAUGAGGGUGUGAGUUAAUAUAAUAUAGAUGUAGAGCUUUAGGACAGUGCCUGACACCUAGUAGGUGUUAUGGAAUUACUAGCACUGCAUCCUAGCAGGACUGCGAGCUAGGUACACUUGUCCCCCGUUUCUGCCGAACCCUCAGCACCUAGCUAUUUAGUAAGUGCUCAGAAAAUAUUUGUUAUAAAUCAAUGGAUCUCCACACUUUUUAAAUUAAAACACGCCUGAGGUGAUCUCAGGAAUCCAACCUCAGGAAUAUAUUAGACUCUUAACCAAGCUUAGGUUUGAAGGUGCAACAGAGGAGGAAGCUUUUGCCCUGGAGAUGUUCAAGGUUGGAGGACCAGAGAGGGGGAGAAACCCACUCGGCAAAGCUCGAUAAGAGAUAGAAGCAAAUAUGGCCAUUGGGAUGGAAGGUGCUGUGUUCAGGUUUGGACCUGUCGGGUGGGACCUGCCAUGUGGCCUCCAAGAAGAGAAUGUGCAGUGCAGGGGGAGGGGAGAGUGGAAAUCUAAGCUUGGUGCUUGGGGCUGAGGCCCAAGCCAGGGUCUUGCAGGGUGCAGGGGAGGGUGGUAAUACAUAGUUAUUCACGCACUCAUUCCUUCAACAACUAUACAUGGAUGCUGACUCAGCCAGGCACUUAGGGUCACAUACCCCACAGUCUCAUUGGUGAUAAGAAAUGGGUUGUUCAUUGUCCAUCCUGUGCCACGCCCUGUGCUAACUGCUUUAUCUGCAUAACAUGAUUCUGUCCCUACAACUACUCUGAAGUAAACUCACUUGUUAUCCCCGGGUUACACAGAAGGAAGGCAAGGAGGAAGCCAAGGUCCCACCACCAAGUAAGCAGCUAAGGAGAGUUGAAGAUCAACUGUCUCAUUCACCCUGCUUUUCUCUUAAAAGCCUCUCACGUGCUUUCUUUUCUGUACACUCUUGUAUUAUUGUGCUGCUCACUCUGGGCUGUCACUUGUCUGCGUUCCCACUGCUUUUCCUACCCAGUCAGUGAGCUCGAGGAGGGCAAAAAGCAGAUCUCUUGUUCAUUGAGUUAUCCCCUCCUCCAAGAAGCCUUCACUCACCACCUCAGUCUAGGGCAGGCACCUCCUCUGGACCUUCACAGCCCGUUGUGCCUCCCCCACCCAGGGUUCGACCCCCUAUUCCUUUCCCGUCCCACCCUGGCCACUUUGCCAGAGCUUCCCAGGCUAGCCCAUCAGGGCUGUCACUGUCUGGUCACUGGUCUGUCUCUCCGCUGGACUAGGGGUUCAGUAAGGGUAGGGGCUGAGGCUGUCCCAGUCCCUGCUCUUUCUCAGCAUCACCCAGACCAGAGCUGGGCACAGAAGAGAUAUCAGUGAAUAUUUGUUUGUUGCAUAGAUAAACAAAUGAGUUUCCAAGUUGCUAUCAUUGUCCUACGGUACUGAUGAGGAUAGAGAGUUCCAGGUAAUUUGGGUGAUUUGCCCAAGUACUACCACUAGUGAGAAAUAAAAGCAGGGAAUUGAAUCCGGGCAGCCCGAGCCCAUAAACCGUGUUCCUAUCUAAAUAUGUGAAAUGCCUAGGGAUCUGAAAACCUGCUUUCCACGAGGUUGCUAUCUCCCGGCUCUUUCCCCCAGACUUGUCUUUUCCUUCCAGAAAGCUUUGGGAGCUUUGGGCAGGGGGGAGCAGAGCAGGCAGGAGGGUGGGAGGUAAGGGGAGUGGGAAGAAGGGAGAGGCCGGUUGAACUCUCCCCAGGGUUGGGGCUGAUUUGGAGGACAGAAAGGGAAAGUCCUGAGGGGUUCUCCAGACCCAUAGGGGGCAGGCGGAGUCGGCUGCCGGAGGUGCGGGGGCGGAGAAAGGGUGGGGACCGGCCCCGCGGGGGGCGAUGCGGUAGCUGCAGCGGCGGCCGCAGGAGUUUCCCACAAUGCAGCGCGGCGCGCUGUCCCCGGUGCUGAUGCUCAGCGCGGCCCCGGAGCCUCCGCCGCGCCCGCCUCCCGCCCUUUCCCCGCCGGGCCCGGGCCCCCGCCAUGGCUCGGCUCGGCCCAGCCCUGCCCCCGAGCCGUCGGGGGGCCUGGGCGCGGCGCUCGACAGCAGCUUGCGGGCCGCCGUGGCGUUCAAGGCGGAGGGCCAGCGCUGCUACCGAGAAAAGAAGUUCCGGGAAGCCAUCGGCAAGUAUCAUCGGGCACUGCUGCAGCUGAAGGCGGCUCAGGGGUCCCGCCCUGGAGGCCUGCCCGCCCCCUCCCCCGGGCCCGCCAGCAGCCCGGGGCCAGCCCGCCUCAGCGAGGAGCAGCGGCGCCUGGUGGAGAACACGGAGGUGGAAUGUUAUGACUCUCUCACGGCCUGCCUGCUGCAGUCGGAGCUGGUGAACUAUGAGCGGGUGCGUGAGUACUGUCUCAAGGUCCUGGAGAAGCAGCAGGGCAACUUCAAGGCCACCUACCGCGCCGGCAUUGCCUUCUACCACCUGGGCGACUACGCACGCGCGCUGCGCUACCUGCAGGAGGCCCGCAGCCGGGAGCCCACAGACACCAAUGUCCUACGCUACAUCCAGCUGACUCAGCUGAAGAUGAACCGUUGCAGCCUCCAGCGGGAAGACAGUGGGACCGGGGCCGGGACUCGGGAUGUCGUUGGCUAAGGCCAGCAGAGGGGGGCUUGCCCUCCCCCCCACUCCCACCUCACCGUGUAACUCCCCCCCGACUCGUGUGUUUGCUGGUAAAGCACUUGUCACUGGUGACCAUAACCUCUUUGUGUGGUGUUCUUGUGGGGACCAGGGAGGGGACGUGUGGCCUGAGCUUCACCCUCUGGAUCAGAGACCCAGAGG